GACUCUAUUGGGGAAGUAUUGGUGGAUGUUUGAGUCAAAAGGUUGUUAUUUGUCACUGAAAUGCUCAGCAGAAAGAGUGGUUGUUGACUGAUGUGUGGUUGUUAUUGAUGCAGCGCUGCUCGUCUCCGCUGCGAUCGAGCGUCCGCUACUUCAUCAUGAAGAGCAGCAACAUGAGGAACAUCGAUCUGUCCCAGCAGAGGGGAAUCUGGUCCACGACGCCCAACAACGAGCUCAAGCUCACGCGAGCCUUCGUCGAGAGCAGCGCCGUCUUCCUCAUCUUCUCCGUUCAGGGAUCCGGACACUUCCAGGGUUACGCGCGCAUGGCGUCGGCGGUCAGCGGCGAGCGCUGUCUGGACUGGGGUUCGACCGGUCUGGGCGGUGUGUUCGGGGUGGAAUGGAUCCGUAAGGAGGGUCUGCCGUUCCAGCUCACGCAGCAGCUGCUGAACCCCUGGAACGACAACAAGAGAGUGCAGAUCAGCCGAGACGCUCAGGAACUGGAGCCGCAGACAGGAAGUCAGUUACUGCAGCUCUGGGAGCGAAUCUGAGCCCAUCACAUACAUCACUGUGAUCUUUACGUCAUUUAUGGGGAUUUAUGGACUUAAAUCUUCUUCCUUCUGGCUGCAUAACAUGUUCUCAGGCUGAGUCGGGCCUCAUGAACAUCAGCGAUUAAAUGUUUUACGAAUCUUAUGUUUUUUAAAUCUUCACCGAAUGCGUUGGCUCUGAUCAGUUCAGUGUGCUGCUUUUAAUUGCUGUGCAAAUGUUUUUGUCAUCUAUGAUGACUUUGCACAAAGUGUUCACUAUUGCAAUGUUGAAAUGUUUGUUUAGCAGAUAAAGUGGAAAAUAUGAAAUAUUUUGUGAAACGGAAGGACAGUUUGGAAUUGUUGUGUUCUUGGUUCAUUGUUUUGUCUGUUAGCUGAUCAUAAGCUCUGCUUGAAAUAACUGACAUGUUGACGUUGUGAAUUAAACACUGAAAGCUGCUAUAAUAAUCCAGCCUGGCAUUUUAAUAGUGAAAGCAAAAAUCCAAAGCAAAGUUGAGUUUUCUGUUGGUUGACUGUUCAUUUGUGCCAUCGUAUGUUUUGAUGAAUGUUCAGUCUGUUUAUUUCUCAUGUCAUCUUUAGUGACGCAAUUGUGUCAUUUGCAAUAAAAAAAAUUGCAGAUGUUUCUCUUGUAAAGUCAUGGAAACAUUAGAUUCCUCAUGAAAAACUCAUGAAAAUUAAUCAU